GAAAUAUAUUUGCUACCAUCUUCUAAAUUUCUAGUAACUCUUUUUUCUUCACCAAGAAAUUUCUAGUGACUCAUUUUUUUGGGGGCAAAUUUUUUUCUAGUAACUAUGUUUUUUAUUUCAGUUUGUAAUCAAUCGCCAAAACAUUAUUAACGGUAACAUAUCGGCAUAAGUUCAUUGCGGAAUUUCAACGAACACGUUGUGUGCGAUGAUGUCGACCUCGCUUGAUCUAAAAGCUUCGAGAUUGGCUCAGCUUCAUCUCUUGGAGACAGGUACGCUUAGAACUGAAUUGCUCCGUACCUUUUCUAGCUUCCUGUAUUGCUUCAAACGAGACUUCUCUGGAAUUACCGAUGUGAAAGUCUGUUUCAGAGAGAGAUUGAGAAGUGGUCUCAUCAAUAUCAACAAAGAUGAUGCUGUUGCUCUGUUUCAGUCCAUGGUUACGUCUCAUCCUCUUCCUACACUCGUUGAUUUCAGUAGAUUCUUUAGUGGUGUCGCUAAGACAAAACAGUAUGAUCUUGUGUUACAUCUCAGCAAGCAGAUGGAACUGCAAGGGAUUGCACAUAACACCUACACACUCAACAUUAUGAUCAACUGCUUCUGCAAGAGUUGCAAAACCUGUUUUGCUUACUCUGUUCUGGGGAAAGUUAUGAAGCUUGGGUUUAACCCCGACACAGCCACAUUCAACACUCUCAUCAAUGGACUCUGUCUCGAAGGUAAAGUCUCUGAAGCUGUGGGUUUGGUCAAUAAAAUGGUGGAAAAUGGAUGUCGAGCCGACACAGUUACGUUUGGUUCUAUAGUCAAUGGGAUUUGUAAAUCAGGAGAUACUUCUCUGGGUUUGGAUUUUUUGAGGAAGAUGGAGGAAAGAGAUGUGAAGGCUGAUGUAGUUACAUACAGUACAGUCAUUGAUAGUCUUUGUAGAGAUGGGUGUAUGGAUGAUGCAGUCAAGCUUUUCAAUGAGAUGGAAACGAAAGGGAUCAGGUCUAGUGUUAUUACGUACAAUUCUCUAGUAGGUGGGUUUUGUAAAGCCGGGAGAUGGGAGGAAGGUGCAAAGCUGUUGAAGGUUAUGAUUGGUAGGAAGAUCAUCCCUAAUGUUGUCACUUUCAAUGUGUUGAUUGAUGUUUGUGUCAAAGCAGGGAAGCUUGAGAAGGCUAAAGAGUUUUACGAGGAGAUGAUCACAAGAGGUGUGUCUCCAGAUACUAUCACUUAUAACUCAUUGGUGGAUGGGCUUUGCAUGCGUAACCGGCUCGGCGAGGCUAACAAGAUGUUGGAUCUUAUGGUUGGGGAUAACUGCAGUCCUGAUCUUGUGACUUUUAAUAGUCUCUUGAAAGGAUAUUGCAAGGCUAGAAGAGUUGAUGAGGCUAUGAAACUCUUCAGAGAGUUUCCUGAGAGAGGAUUGGUUGCAAACGCAGUUAGUUAUAGCAUUCUUGUCCAGGGCUUUUGUCAGUCCGGGAAAGUUAAGAUUGCUGAAGAGAUUUUUCAAGAAAUGGUUUCAUGUGGUGUUCUUCCUGAUGCUAUGACGUAUGGUAUAUUGCUUGAUGGUUUGUGUGACAAUGGGAGGCUUGAGAAGGCGUUGGAGAUAUUUAAGGAUUUGCAGGAGAGUAAGAUGGAUCUUGAUGUUGUUAUGUAUACCAUUAUCAUCGAGGGGAUGUGCAAGAGUGGAGAGGUGGACGAUGCGUGGACGUUGUUCCGUAGCCUAGCUUCGAGAGGAGUGAAGGCUAAUGUUAAGACGUACACGGUAAUGAUUUGGGGAUUGUGUAAGAAAGGGUCGUUGUCUGAAGCAAAAACGUUGCUUAGAAAAAUGGAGGAAGAUGGGAAUGCGCCAAACGAUUGUACAUACAACACUCUUGUCAGGGCGUAUCUCCGAGAUGGUGAGUUGGCCGCAUCUGCAGAACUUAUAGAAGAAAUGAAGAGUUGUGGGUUCUCAGCAGAUGCUUCCACUGUUAAGAUGGUGAUGGAUAGGUUAUCGAGCGGUGAAUUGGACAAAAGCUUUUUGGAUAUGCUUUCUUAGGGGAUUGGUGUUUUGUCUACUGUCUCAUCUCAGAGCGUUGAAAAGGUUUUGUAAACUGAUUGAUCAUUAAGAGUCUUAAUUAAGAAGGAAGAGCUAAGGGAACUUCCUUGUUGCACCACUUCCACUGCUCAUGCGUAAGACAAACAGCUUUGCUUAUUCAUGACCCACAUAACAUUUGAUCAAAAGGAACUUGGGGGUCCAAAGGUAAAAUUUAGAUAUGAUGAUUUUUUUUGUGAUAUGAUAUCAUAUAUAUUACACAUUUAUCAUACUUUUGUUUGUUUUUACAAUUUGGUUUGGCAAGUAAUCAGGUUCUGUAAAUCUUAUGUCUAUCAUCUUUCACUUUAAAGUUGCAACCAGUCUUUUUUGUAUUAUCUCUCUUCAUGA